UAUAAUGAAGAGAAAUGCUUUUAUCCGAAGCUUUGGUUCGUAUUUAUUUGGAAGUACAGUAUUUACAAACUAAAGAUCGGACUUGGGGUGCAGUACAAGAAUCGAGAUCUCGAAAAAUUCUCGACCUCGAUAAUUGCGAUUUUCGAACAAGAUCUCGUCAGGUCCGGUCUCUAUUAAAAACCAACCCUCAUACUUACGAAAUUUAUUUAUCAAGGGAGGAAUAUUCACAAGAGAGGUACCCUGUUUUAUAUUUUAUUUUUAAAUCCCGUUUUCAUCAUAAUCGACAAUUUCUUGUUCCCAAAUAAAAUCGACAACUACAGCAGCAUGGUCUGAUGGCCAUUCUUUAGGACCUAAAUUUUUGUUUGUUGGGUAUGUGAAUGCUUCCAAUGGAAUUAAUUGUGAUCCUUGAUAGAAAAUGUAGUCGAUACGGUCUGCUGGUUCACUUGAAUCUGCUCUGGCUUUGUCAUAAUUGAAUGGCCAAGUUGUGCCUGUUUUGGGUGAAAAAAAUAAUUUUUUAUCAUUAUUGGAUGG